CGGCGCAGCUCGGCGACGGUCAUUGUGAGCAACUUCGCGCCUCUUUUUUUUCUUUGUCGAUGGACGCGACAGGUCUGUUCGUUUUAGCUGCAGCCCGCGCUCCGCCUUUUCCAAUUUGAAAACAGCGCGAUGGCCGGGGAACGAUGAGGCCCUGAGCGCUCUCUGUGCCGGGUAAUUCGGCCCCAGGGCCCCCAGCCAGGCCUCAAACGCAGGUCCACGGUGUAUCGCGAGCCCGUGGCCCCCCCCCCCCCCCCCCAGCCGACCCGACUCGCCUCACAGUGCGGCCAGCCAUCCUUGGUUGUCAACACGCGCGAGCCUAGCCGACCUCAGGAUGAGCAAGCUGUCGUUCAGGCCGCGUGCCCUGGACGCCUCCAAGCCCAUGCCGAUCUACAUGGCCGAGGAGUUGCCGGAUCUGCCAGAGUAUUCGGCCAUUACCCGCCGCGCGGUGCCCCAAAUGCCCAGCGGCAUGGAAAAGGAGGAGGAAUGCGAACAUCACCUUCAAAGAGCAAUAUGCACAGGUCUAAUCAUUCCUACUCCUGAAGUAACUGAUCUGGCAGAUGUGGAAGCUUAUGAAAAGAUAUAUCCUGCUGAUUAUAAGCUGCCCCGCCAAUUGAUACACGUGCAACCCUUUGCUAUGGAACAGGAUAUACCAGACUACGAUAUGGAUUCGGAGGAUGAGAAAUGGGUUGCGAUACAGAGUCACAAGAUGGACUUGAAUCCUCUCCAAUUCGAGGAGAUGAUGGAUCGCCUAGAGAAGAGUUCAGGCCAAACUGUAGUUACCCUCAAUGAAGCGAAGGCACUUUUCAAAGAGGACGAUGACCUUAUUAUCGCAGUUUUUGAUUAUUGGCUCAACAAACGUCUAAGAACUCAACAUCCGCUCUUGUUAACAGUCAAAACCAAGAAUCGAUUCGGCUCAGACGCUAAUAAUCCAUAUCUCGCAUUCAGGCGACACACAGGAAAGAUGCAGACUCGGAAAAAUCGCAAAAACGACGAGACCAGUUACGAAAAAAUGCUGAAACUUCGUAGAGAUCUCAGCAGAGCGGUUACGCUGCUGGAAAUGGUGAAACGCAGGGAGAAGGCGAAACGGGAACACCUGCAUCUAACAAUUGAGAUUUACGAAAAACGGUACCAAGCGCAAGACUUCAGUGGACAAAUAUUGGAAGAGGUGUCGGCGUUGAAGACACCGAGACCGGCGUUUGCUCCACUCUUCACUAAUCAGUUCGGUGUUCAUCAAAACUGGACAAACAAAGUCUGUAAAGAUGAAGUAGUACCCAGGAAAGAAAAGAGACAGUACAAGAAGCGGAAGCAUAAAACGGAUAGCAGAGGAGGAAGCUUGGACGACACUGGUGUCCGUAGCGGAACAGGUAGUGGUGGCGGCCGAGGGAAUCGUUCAGGUGUCCUCGGAAGCGGACUAGAUCCACUCAUCAGUUCAGACGAAGACAGCCCGCUUCCAUCUCACUCGCACGCCCAACCCUCGUUACCCUCCGACCGCGAUGAUGAAGACACCGCAGACGAGGGACAAUUCGCCUUUCGUCGAAAUAGGAAUAGCACUUAUUUACCACCUGUAUCAGGUGAUUUUGGAAACUGGCCUUGGUGUGAUAAAAACGAAGGCGGUUUGGCUGAUAAGAAGUACAGGUUUGCGCUUACCAGCAUCAGCAAACCGGUGCCAAGAUGUAUCGGUCUUGCGCGUCGAAGGAUCGGUCGGGGUGGCAGAGUAAUACUGGACCGUUGCACGGUGGACAUGGAUGAAAUAUGGUCUUCUUUGGACUUUACGGUACACGACUCGAAGCGUGAAACGGUGGAUUCAAAUGCGACUGCCACAACAACGACUACUAUUAAGAAAGAGCGGUAUGAGUUACACUUUCGACCAAAGACCCCACCUGUGUCGGUGCAUAGUUCGAGCGAGGAGAGUGACAACGACAUGGACGUAGAGCUGCCGGUGUCUCGAUCGAAGCUUCCAUACCCGUUCCCGCCCGAGGCGACGUCCAUAUGCAUCGAGGUGGAGCCUGACCGUGCGGGCGACGAGUCACCCUUCACGUCAGAGUUCAACAUCGCGGAUUACUUCGCGUCGGAUAUCAUGUCGGACUUCGAACACGCAGUUGCGGGCCUCAACAAUACUACGGGUAGCAUGUGCGUUAGUGGUCUGUCGGACAGCGGUAUGAACGACGCGCGGACAGACGAUGAGUUGGGCAGUUCGCAUUUCGUCGUUACGCCGAUCGCGAGCAACAUGUUCGCGCCGCUCGCGACGACGCAACAGACCCAGCUUCCACAGUGCAGUGUUGGUCUCAGUGGUGGUUCUAGUGUUGUACAUACUUCUACGAGUUCUUCGUCGAUUCCUACGUCGUCCCCCGGCGUCGCGUGGACGACCAAUCAGGCCAUCGCUGCGACAUCGAGCACAGUGUCCACGCAGUGCACUGUCGGCGUUGGUGCAACGUUGGUCGACGUGCAGUCGAACCACCAGCCCAAGCUGCAACACAGACAAUUACCGAAUAACAUUACUGCUGCCUCCAUUCUCUCGAAAUCUUUGACUAGUCCGACAAAUAAUAGGAAUGGCAGCAGCUGCGGUAGUGGUCACAGCGGUGGCGGUGUUGGCGGUGGUAGUGCAAAUGUUAAGGUGUUUAGUGCGAGCAUCGCGAGCAGCGGCGGCGGUGGCGGUGGCGGCAGCGGCAGCGGCAGCGGUGGCGGUGGCGGUGGCGGUAACGGUGGCAGUAUCACAAACUUCGGCAAUGGCCAUCAGAACGGCCCGCUGCCGCAUAUAAACAACUCCAACAACCUGACAAACAGCACCCACAUCGUGAACAAUCAGCAGUCCACGUUAGUCCUCCCGCAGAAGCAUCCACCGUCCAAUCUGCUUCCCGGCCUGAUAGCGCAAAAUAAAUUGGCGAGCCUCGCGAGACAACAGCAGCAGCAACAACAGCAACAGCAGCAGCAGCAGCAGCAACAACAACAACAGAUUCAAAAUCAGGUGCAGCAAGUCCCGACGUCCGGGGAAAUUACGCUUAAUAGUAAUAGUGAAAAUUUGGAUGUGGAAGUGGAUGGAGUGGACAGUUCGUCGUGCGACAGUAAGCCGCAGCAGCAGCAGCAGCAGCUCGUACGGACGAACAAAACAAAUUCACUGGCGAUGGAAGUGACAUGAUGCCUGCUAUCGGCACCCCUGUUGCCGCCAAUACGUCACUGGGGGCUUCGCUAAUUCUCUUACCUUGCCUACGAUGUCUGCUUCGGGCGAGAGACCGGACGUGUGUACUGAUUAUAUACCGCGCUAUAUUGACGCGAAAAGGGCGAUACGGCUAGGUACAAAACUACUGCUCCUCCGAUCAAUCGCUUUAUCGCGGCGACGUAAUCAGCGAUAGCAUGGAUUCUAAUGCAAGUAUCGAGUUUCUUUUUCUUCUUGUCGAGGGAUCGUGCUUCGAUUUGCACUCAAGUCUUUUUCAUUUUUCCUUGCUCAUUGAACAGUUGUUUGCAGUCGUUUAACACAAUCAGUGUACGUGGAACGUCAUAGUGAACAUCGCCGUUGUUCUUGCGGAAAGAAUUUUAUUAGAGAUCAAUUUCGAUCUGAUUUCUCCCGAAAUUAGCAUUGAUGUAUCAUGGAUUCCAGUGCUCGUUUCUCUUUGUAAAAUUGGGAAGUGAUGGGCGGCAUUGGGACAAAUUAAAAGCUUGACUCGCAAGGAAUAUGAAUGAACAGUAGGCAAGAGAUUUGCAUGGCCGUAAAAUUGUGGGUAUGAGUAUUCUUCAAAACAAGUGCAAUAUCUUCUGCGGUUCUUGCUGGAAAAAUUUCGCAGCAGUCUCAUUCGUUCAUUGCAAGGAAAAUUCAUGACCGAGAUUAUGAACCGAUUACAUUCGCUUAGACAUUGUUGAGAUCCUUUAUUUAUCAGUUUAGUACUGUACAAUUACACGUAACGCAAUAACCGAAUGCGUGUAGCAAGCUUUCUCAGACACAGCAUUGAUUACUGGCUUAUCCAAAUUUCAGAACAAAGUUUCCCCAAUUUUCUAUAUCUCAUAAAACUUGAAAUAAUCAUGCAUCAUUCGACAUAUACUCAAGAGUGUUAGAGGCUACGUAUUUUUGAUUGUGGAAACGUAAUUAAUUCGACACGAUGAUCUUAAUUUUUUCAAUUACCCGAACAUUGGUUUUGCAAAAUUUCUAUGAUUUAUUAUGAAAAUUUUUUUAUAACAAUUAUUAAUAUGGAAGAUAAAUUUAGAGUAUUACAUUACAUUAUCAUCAGUAACGACGGAGAUUGUAUAGUAAUCCGCUUGUAAGUACAAUAGUAUACUCGAAUUUACGUCUCGUCGCUUUCCAACUAAAUAACACUACAGGAAGGAAAAAAUAGAAUAAUUAAUUUCUUAUAAAACUGUACGAUUUUUCUCAAUACUGUAUAUAGAUUCGGUUCGAGUAUUAUACGAUUUUAUAUAGUAAUAAAAAUAUUUCCUUAUAUAUAUAUAUAUAUAUAAAUAUAUAAAUUUAUAUAUAUAAAUAUAUAUAUAUAUAUAAAUAUAUCUAUAUAUAGUACCGUCUUAAAGGCUUCCAGGCUGUGAGAUAUCGAAGCUAUUGUUAUCAAUUAAUCUUUGAUAGUGCUAAGUCAUUAUAAUCGUUAAAAAAACGAAUAUUCUUUUCUCUCUUUUUUUUCCAGUAAUCAUCAAAACGAAUUAUGCGAGCGCAUAAUCAUAAUAUAAUUUUCUGAUGUUGCGUUUGGAAAGCUUGUAUCAUUGGAUUUGCGGAAAGGUCACUAUACGUUGUGUUAGAAUCUACGAAGCUCACUGGCAAUCACUGGCAAUGCAUAAAAAAAUACUUACGUCUUUCACGUUAGAAAUCUAUCGAUGUAGAGAUAUCAAGGUACGAAGUAUUCGGCAAACAAUUUAAAUUUAAUUGUCUUUAAUGACAGAUUUUAUUAUUACAAGCUUAUGUGUUCUCCUACGCGCAAUUCACGAUACACACACUCGUUUAGCUUAUUUUAUAAUUUUUUAUUUCUCCCACAUGGACGAAGUUAAUGAAACGAGCUAUUACGCUGGCUCCUCAUAUCGCAUCCAUUUUUACCCGUCUUCUCUCGGACUCGAUAAUAUUUGCGUAGAUAAAUGUUACUCGGAUGCGAACGUCGAAAUUAAAGCGCGUAAAUGAAGAAAUGCUUUGACCCAAGCGUGCCAUUAUCAAGCCUCUUCACCAAAUUCGAUCUUCGAACGACACUCGUUUCCGCACCGUAAAGUCCGAGCGAUAGAUUUUGUUGAUACAACUGAACAAAUAAUUUUGGACGUAGCUGAAGCGUACAUUUGAAUCGCUUUGAUCCUGCUUGAGCGAGACAUCAUGUUCACAUUUAAAAUCAACGCACUUCUCUUUUUUUUACAUAAGCGAAGUGCGUGCGCUAAUCGUUGACGAAACUUCAUUUAUUACCUCGGAGAACGACCAAUAACGCGUGUACGUAUCUCUUGAGUUCUCGUAUGUCACUUAGGGACGCUCUCUUCCUCCCUUAAGUCUUUCUGAGACGACGCCGCGUCUCCCCCUCUGCCACUUCACGAAAAUGCAAAAAAAUGUCAAAAUACAAGAGGGAGUCCUUCCAAAUUGAAUGGUGUCUCUCGAGGAUCGAGAGAACAGACACGAGUUUAUUCAGAGAAUAUUAUAGGCCUCUUCUGUAGUUCAGUUUCAGAGCAUUCAGUUCGUAUUCUUUUGUGACGCAUUGAUAGUUGCGCUACUGUUGUUACUGUAAACGGAAUAAUAAUCAUGUACGCAGGAGUGAACGAGUAAUUCGAAAUCGCACGACUCUCGAUUGUGCAUUAUUGCAGUUGUAAAAUAAAAUUCCAAGUUUCCUUUCAGGCACUGAAUAAUCGCCGAUACGAUAUAAAGUUUUUGAUUUAUCGUCAUGAUAAAAAAAAGAAUCGAUUGCACUAGUGAGCACUGACACGAUUUGUCGCCAGCCGUAACGCGAGAGCGCGGGGGGUAAAAAAAAAAGUUAUGGUGAGAGUGUUACAAAUUGUAGGGAGACUUCUCUUGAAAUCGUAAUAAUAAUAUGAAAUGAAACAAAAAAAGGAUAUAUUGUACAUAUAAAAAUAAUUACGCUUAUUGUAUCUCUACUUUUAGGUAAUUAACUGAAUAACUGUAAUUAAAAUAAAAAUGUUGUUGUGGUAGACGCACAGCGAAAUGUGUACGAAAAUUUAUGAAUUCGAAAACGACUUUAGGAAGGAGGAGUAAUAAAGAAAUUUUAUCCUG